AUACUUAGACCUCACUUCAAAUCUCAAAACAUUCUCACAACAUUAAAAUUUCCAAGCUCACUAUCUAGUUUUAUACUCAGUAGAAAAAAUCAUGGUGAAGAUUUUUGCAGCAGUGGUUAAGCCAAUGGUUCGAGUCAUGAUGAAGGCCUAUGGCAUGAAACCCAAGCUUGUGGAAAUCGAACCCGGGACAACAAUGAGGUUCUGGAUUCCAUGCAAAUCAAAAACCAAUCCAGCCAAGCCUAAUAUUGUUUUUCUUCAUGGUUUUGCAACUGAUGGGAUUUUCAACUGGCAAUCACAAGUCCAAGCCUUGUCUGGGAAGUACUCUGUUUACGUGCCGGACCUCCUGUUCUUUGGCGCCUCCACAACAAGCAAGCCCGAAAGAUCAAUGGAGUUUCAUGCAGAGUGUUUGGUGAAAGGGUUGAGGAGCUUUGGAGUUGAGAAGUUUACUGUGGCUGGGCUUAGUUAUGGAGCUACACUAGGGUUCAGAAUGGCUAGGAUGUACCCUGGGAUGGUCCAGUGUAUUGUGGCUAGUGGCACUGCUGUUGAGUUAACUGAGUCCAUUUCGCGUGCUUCACUGCAAAAUAUUGGAUACUCAACUUGGUCUGAGUUUCUGAUGCCGGAUUCUACCAAGGGUCUUACGACGUUUUUCUCAAUUGCUAGUCAGAAACCUCCGUCUCUUCCUGAAUUUGCUGCAAAGGACUUUUUAAAGGAGUUCUUUGCCAACAGAAAGGAGAGGGAUGAGCUUUUGAAGGCUUGGGUGAUCAAUGACAAUGAUGUAGCCCCCUGCCACUACUCCCAGAAAGUAUAUUUGAUAUGGGGAGAGGAUGACAAGAUCUUCAAAAAAGAAGUUGCGGAGAACAUUAAGAGGCAAUUGGGGGAGCAAGCUAAUCUGGAGUUUAUAAAGGAUGCUGGACAUCUUGUUCAUUCAGAUCAGCCAUCUGAGUACAACCAAAGGCUCAAGAACAUUCUUGCUUCUGUAAAUAAAUGAGAUUUCCUCAUUUUAAUGUUUAUUUUUAAGUUCUAGAUGUACACCGGAUAUAUGGUUUUGUUUUUCACUGGUGUAUAUGUUCUGAUUUCUGCAAUGAACAUUCAUGUAAAUAAAGUUGCUGAAAAAUUUUGAAUUUC